AUGGCUUCUCUCUCAGAGCAAUUCACUCCAGACGCUUUUUCGCGUACAGAGGUCCAAGACAUGUUAGAUGACGCACAGUUGGAUGCUGGGUAUCUUUACACAAACAUCCCGUGUCUGCGAGACCAACUCCAGCAUCUCCUUUGGGAAGCCAUUGAAGAGUGCAACAGCCGCCAUGUCGACCCCAUGGAAGUACUACAUCGCGCAAUGUUCAAUGAGCGGACUAUCCUGGAUGCUUACAACAAGCACCGAUUGGGGAAUGCUGUGACUCCCUUCAAUGCGCGGGUUCUCGAUCCGGAGAAUGCUUUAGAAUAUAGGGAAGAGGAGAACAUACCUGAGGUGCUUGGAUGGUUUCCACUGCGAGCCACAGUAUCGAAGCGCGAUGUAGACAUCCAGGCACUGCCCAUUUAUCAAGUCGGGCAGACUACGAAAGCUGACCAGGAACACACGAUGGAGAGCAGCUCAUCAGAGACGUUGACACUGCCUAAUCGCACACCUCAGAAGCCAGCUAACAGCGAGUCACCAACCACAUGGACACCGUCCACAUCCUCUGCAUCUCUCAACUACAACAAGCUCCGAGAUGCGCCAUCUCCCUGGCUCCCCUUCCCCUCAGGCAAUCUAACCAUGGCAGAAAUCACCGCCUUCCUCCCGCAAUCCAUCAAGUCCUUCGACAUCAUCGACCGUUUCAUCUCCAACGGCGCCCUAGCCAUGACCCUCGCCAGCAUGAUAAACCACUACCGCACCAUGCCCGCCGGCCCCAUCGAAAACAACACCAUCUACCGCAUGAUGAAAGGCCAGAUGAACAUCCGCGCAAAAACCAACCCAGCCUACAAAUCCUGGACCGUCACCACCCACACCGACAUCAAAAAACCCACCCCCUUCAACCCCGCUAGCGUCAGCGUCUCCAACUUCCACACCCCAGACAAUCUAAUGUCGUCUCCGCAGUCCCCGCAGACAAUCCCAUUCCGCGACUUGGCCACGGGCGUCGAAGUCAUGCCUUCGGGCCCCGACGCCCUGGACCUAACCCGCUGCAUCCAGUACAGUCUGGACCACAGAGACGAAGACUGGAUCUACCCCACCGACUUCGCAGCUCUCGUCCAGCGCAUCGGCGGCCCCGCCCCAGUCCACCGCGAGCACGCCGACGCUGCAGCAAUCGCUAGACACUCUGCGGGAUUGAGGCUGGCGAAAGUGCGCCGCGCGCCACCAGGACGUAGUCGUCGUGUCCGCGCUGUUCAGCGCAAGAAAGCUGUAGUCGAGGAGUCGGAGUCUGAGUCUGAAUCUGAAGAAGAGUUGCUGGAUCACGCUUCUGCUUCUACCUCGUCUCUUUCUUCCUCUUUCGACCACGGAGAUGCACAUGCAGAUGGCGAUGCAAUUCCUGGAUCCACGCCUCCUUCCCCGACAAAACGCAAAUUCGCUUCUUCUUCUUCUUCUUCUUCUUCUUCUUCUUCUUCCGAGAACGCAGAGUCGCCGCUGUCAGCAAAGCGGUAUAGGAAAACUGCUACGCGGUCGAGCGUCUCCAAGGCAGUAGAGGAGGAUGAGAGUGAUGGCGAUGGGUAUGUGGGCCCGAAGACGAAGGCGAGGAAGACGGCGAGUGGGGUGGCGACGAGGAGUUCGGGGCGGACGAAGAGGUUUGCGGGGUCUUAUUGUGAUUGA